GUCAAAUGUGAUCCCAACAUUGCGUGUUGUGUCCCAUUUGCUGUUAACGAUGGUACAAGAUGGUUUGAUAGAUCAAAUAUUGUGACCUAAACAGGUUGGUGGUUUGCGUUAUAUUUUAAACAGGUUGGUGGUUUGCAACAUGUCCUGUGAGGUUGAAGCGGCAAUGUAAGAAGGUGUGCAGAUCAAGUGGAUAAUUGUUGAAGGAGUGGUCACGAGAUUGUGUGGCCUGGGACUGAAGGGAUGUUUGUUGAGGUGCAAACCCCAUCUCAAUGCGUUACUAUGAGACCUCUUGGAAGUACUUCUCAGUUCAACUGUCUGGAACGCACGUUAAUCUUCCUGCAGAAGGCUAUUCUGCAUACCAGCAAACGCAUUAAAUACGAGUACUUCCCACCGCCGACAAUCAUACAAUACAAAUGCCGGAGCACCGACGUCAGACGUUACCAAGUGACAAAGCUGAAAGAAAUCAGUGGCGGAAAAAAGAUGAAGCCAACUGUGGAGAUCAACAAGUUGAGGUUCACCUACCCCGGAAUCGACGGUCAUCCGCCGCCUGGAUCAACUCCGCUAAUCGACGAUUUCUCCCUGACCCUCUUUCCCGGCGACCGCCAUCUUCUCGUCGGAUCUAAUGGCGCAGGGAAGACGACAAUUCUCAAGAUAUUGGGAGGGAAGCAUAUGGUGGAUCCAGAUAUGGUUAGAGUUUUAGGACGAUCAGCAUUUCAUGACACUGCUUUGACGUCUUCCGGCGACCUUUGUUAUCUUGGGGGAGAGUGGAGGAGAGAAGUUGCUUUUGCUGGGUUUGAGGUGCCUAUUCAAAUGGACGUCUCCGCUGAGAAAAUGAUUUAUGGGGUUAAGGGUGUUAACCCCCAAAGGCGAGAUGAGUUAAUUAAGGCAUUAGGUGUUGAUUUGUCAUGGAGGCUACACAAAGCAUCCGAUGGUCAAAGGAGGAGGGUUCAAAUCUGUAUGGGUCUUUUGAAACCAUUUACGGUGCUCCUCCUUGAUGAGAUCACAGUUGACCUAGAUGUGCUUGCAAGGGCUGACCUGUUAAGUUUCCUGAAGAAAGAAUGUGAAGAACGAGGCGCUACAAUUAUUUAUGCCACACAUAUCUUUGAUGGGCUUGAGGAUUGGCCUUCUCAUAUUGUUUAUGUAGCUCAUGGAAAGUUGCAAUUUGUUACCCCAAUGAGCAAGGUUAAGGAAACCAGCAACAUGUCACUAAUGCGAACAGUAGAAAGUUGGCUGAGGAAAGAAAGGGACGAGGAAAGGAAGCGAAGGAAGGAGAGGAAGGAAAAAGGGCUCUCUCCUUACGAAAAACAAAUCGAAGGGACUCGUGUGGUAGGGGGAGACCCUGUUCGCGUACUAAACAACGGUUGGGCUGGUGGAAGGCUACAUUCUACCCUUGCUGGUGAGGACAAUUUUGUCUAUAGCUCAAAUAGGGUUCUAAGGUAAUAGCCUUGCUGGUGAGUUUGGUUCCUUGUCAUUCUGUUUGUUUCCCAAGCCCCCCUUCUGUACUACGAAGUAAUAACGUUUGUAUAUUGCAAACUGUUUUUUUUAAUGUGAAUAAUAUUUUUUAAUCAACUAUUCAUAAAGUAUUACCAUUAUC